AUGCGUUAUGGGUUCAGCAUCGAGUUACAUCCCGCUUUAAAGAGGCCUUAUCUUUUUAUCUCCCGAUACAGUCGCCACAUCGGAGCGGCCGGCGCGGGUAUCCUCGAGGACACAAAGCGGAACAAAGAGACGAGCAAAACUGCGCCGAUGACGGGCGGUCCAUUUAUCAUCGCGAGGAGUUAUGACGGCGCACGCGAAACAUCCACGCAGCAAGUGCCGACAAAUCCAGAACAGCGUGGUGACACGGGGCAAGUCGAGAGUUUUGUACAGUGGCCCGUAGACGCCUUACAUCAAAACAGGCGAGGAGAUGGGGGGGGGGGAGAGGCGCGGGAGGGCCUGUGGGGCGUGAACGGGGCGUAUGGUGCAGCCUGCAACUCGCCUCCCGCCUUGCACUCGCUGCACCGACGGAGCACACAAUCAUCCAAACCUCCAAACACCUUCCGACGUCUAUUGAAGAUGAACAUCGCUCUUGACCUUGAGAGCUACAUGUUCGAUUAU